AUGAGGUUCAGGUGUUCCAAGUUGAAUGCAUGGAACACAUUCUGCUGGAAGAAGCGCCAGGAAAAUCAACAAAGUGGGGCGACGGGCAAGGAUGUACUACAAGAACUUGUCAAAGACUAUCGUACAGAAUAUCAAGAACUUGCUGAUGACAAGAAGGCCAAGCUUCUACUCGAGUACAGCAGGCACAAGGAAAUGAAAGCCUUGGGCAUCCAAAUUUCCACCAAGUCAAAAAUCACUGAUGUCACUCACACUCUUAAGGCUGUUGAGAAUGAGCUAAACAAUUUAAGGAGCCAUACUAGAACUGAGGCGAUGCUCUAUGCAAUGCGCAGGUCCACAGACCUCCCUCUCCAUGGUGUCAGCUUUGCUACUGAAGGUGUAGAUGACUUUACGUCAUCUGUAAUGAAUCUCGACAGUCAAGAUUUAGUCAGUAAGAUGGAAGGAUUUGCUGUCCAAGGCAUGAAAGUGAUCAUCGAAGGCUGGCCUACCAAUAUUCCUUUCACCAACCUCAGCCAAGUGUCAAGCACCCUUCCUUACCUUGAAAUGCUUCUGUGGAAGUGGCGGAGUACUGCCAUCAAGUGGAGGCAGCUCGAUGAUGAGGAGUUUCAAGAACUCCUCAAAGAGCGCAAUGAGAAGCUUGAAAAUGGCGAGGCAUGGCCUUCGGAUGGAUCUGGAGAGUUGAACCAAUGCAAGAAGACCUACAAGAGCAUUGAGACUGUCGACACAGACGAUGAAGAGGCAGACUCCACUGAAGACACUCCAGUCACUAACAUCAAUGCCAAUACUGAGACCAGCACCAAUGCAAAUAUUAAUACUGACACUAGUGUCAACAGUAAUGCCAAACCCAGUACCUUCCCCAGCAUCACUAACCCUGGUGCCUUCCACGAUGUGGAUAAUGGCGCUUCAAACUUUGAUCCCACUGCCUUCAACUUUAAUCCCAGUGCCCUCAACUUUGAUCCCACUACCUUCAACUUUGAUCUCACUGCCUUCAAUUUUGGGCUGGCACUGGGACCUCAGCAGUUCUAG